GCUGGCGCCUGUAAUACAUUCAAAGUACAGUCCGUGUUUUACACGUUGCCUGGGAACAACAGCUCGUGUUUUAUUCGUGAAUAUUCGGCUCAUUUCAUUCUUAGGACUCGUACGGCAGCUACAGACACAGAAAGUCACCCAACAAGGAAGAAGAUGCGGAACAGUCAUGAUGCAGUUUAAAUAUACCUUAAGUAUUUGACUUGAUAAUCGAUAUAUUAACAUUCAGUGAGGAUUCACUGACUGGACUCUUCUCUACGGAAGCGAGCGCGCGUCGAAGCGCUGAAGACGCGCGUGCUUUGAGCCGGACACAUCCAUGAGCAUCUGAUCUGAAACACCACAUCAGAUAAAAGAGAGGGCUGCUGCUCUCCCGUGUAUACUCUGUGAUGUUGUAGACAAGAGGAAAAAACGCUUCUCUAAAGGAUGAAUUUAAGAGCUACGUCUAAAAUUUAUUUGCUCUUUAUACUGAAUUGAUAUGCCUGGAUGGUCUAAACCAGUACAAAAAUAGGAUGGCCAAACCAUUACCAUACAGACUGCUGCACUUCUUAAGGCGGGCACAGUUGCUUCUUCUUUUCUUGGGCGUGGCUUAUAUCAUGGCAGGCAGUGUGUUAAUGCUUCAGCGCUACAGUGUUGUAACAUUUCAAAGAGAAACUGAUAGCGUCCCGAUCCCCUCUCUACUGGCACCACCUAGAGCCUUGGAUGUACCUGCUGUCAGAUGGUUGUACAAGAGGAACGGUGCUAGAGUUAUCCGGAAUGUGGCGAACCAACCUGUUGAACAGGCGAGCCGCAGAACAGUUAAGAACCAUCUCACAUCUCACAACCUGGAGGGAAGACAUCUGAGACGCCACUGGUUUCAUAGUAAUACAGAUGAACAGCGAAGCUUUUCGGAACACAAUCUGUUGCAUAAGGAACGGCAACAAAAAGGAACCUACAUCGGAUGUUUCAUAAACAAUGAAACGGAGCACGCGCUUGGCGGGAUCGUUCUUUAUGACUUCCGUAAAAUGACCAACGCCUUGUGUCAGGACACCUGCUCAGAGAGUGGGUUCCGGUAUGCUGGACUGGAAUAUGGAGCGGAGUGUCACUGUGGUAACAGGAUCUGUGCCCGUCGGGCUCGGGGAGAGGACUGUAAUCUGGACUGUCGGGGAGAAAAGGGUCCCCCCUGUGGAGGAGUGGGACGUCUGUCUGUUUACAGGGUUGAGGAUCGGCUUCCCGGACAGAGACGAUACAGAACUGUGCACUACCACGGAUGUUUCAAGAUACCAACAAAUUUAACAGAUGAUGUCCUAAUCCAGACCUCUGGACUCACGCGAACCCCUCAGCAGUGUAUUGAGAUCUGCACAGAACAGGAGCUGCCAUUGGCCCUUUUGAGAAGACAGGGCUGUUUUUGCAGCCACGCCCCCUUUAUCUUUACAAUGCAGAGGAGUGGACAGGAAAACGUGUGUGGGAGGGGUAACCAAACAAACCACACCUCCCUUCAUGACCUGGACUAUCUCCAAGUGUACAGUACUCCUGUGCUAGAUGCAAAAUGCAAAGUAAGGAGCUUUCUGCCCCAGAGGUCCAGCAGUCUUGUCGCUCUGUCCAGUUUUCCAGGGGCUGGGAACACCUGGCUGCGUCAUCUUAUCGAGUUGGGUACUGGAUUCUACACCGGCAGUUAUUACUUUGACGGUUCUCUCUACAACAAAGGUUUUAAAGGAGAGAAGGAUCACUGGCAGAGCGGAAGAGUCAUUUGUGUCAAAACUCACGAAAGCGGUCAGCGGGAGAUUGAAACGUUCGACUCGGCCAUCCUGCUGAUGCGUAACCCAUACCGCUCUCUCAUGGCCGAGUUUAACCGCAAGUGUGCUGGACACCUGGGCUAUGCUUCAGACAUUCACUGGAGGAGUAAAGACUGGUUGGAGUUUGCAGACAGUUAUUCCUCCUGGUGGAUGUCUCACGCUUUGGCUUGGCUGCAGUUCGCCCGUCGCCUGUUGGUGGUGCACUUUGAGGAUCUUCAAAAAGAUCUCACAACGCAGUUAAAGACCAUUGCUUCAUUCCUAAACAUCAGCAUUCCCGAGGAAAGACUCCUCUGCACGGAAAGCAACAGAGACGGACAUUUUAAACGCUCUGGAUCUCGUAGCCUGACCUUUGACCCGUUCACCUCCGAGAUGAGAGCCCGUAUAGAUAAAUACAUCCAGACUGUAGAUAAAGCUCUCAGAGACAGAAACCUCAGCGGACUACCACAAGAGUACAUGCCCAGAUGAGACUACUUGAACACAACUACUGCUCCCUACUGGAGGGGAUGAAACAGAUUCACAAAGUGCCUGAGUACAAACAGAUACAGAUCUAAAUAUUGGUUUUGGUUUUCCUUUGGUUUGGUUGUGCUGUCACAGACUGGGGCCGAAGUCUUGUUUAUAUAUUAUUUUAUUAAAUUGAUUCAAUUCUGAUAACUUUUAAA